AUGCAGUUCGGUGCAGUUCAGGGCGGCUCAAUGCAAAUUCAGUGCGGCUCAGGGGUAGACUCAGGCCUGUUCAGUGCGGUUCAGGGUAAGCUCAGGGCGGCUCAGUGCAAUUCAGUGCAGUUCAGUGCAAUUCAGUGCAGUUCAGGGUAG